AAUGGAUACUCUCUCUGUACGAGACCAAGAGCUUGAGACUGAACGGGUCUGGAGGGAAACAUGCUGCCAGUAUGUAGCUGAAUUUGUCCAGAUUAAGGAUGGAUAUCCGGAGGGAAUGAUCACUCUUGAGGGGUUGAGGAGAGUGAAGUAUGUCCUGGAGAAGUGUAGAGAGUUUAGGAAUAUUGCUGAGUUGAUUCCGAGAAGUAGAUUGAAGUGUAUUUGAGUUUUUGCAAAAAAGGAGAUGACUGAGGAUUCGAUUCAAAAAUGAAGUUUAUUUAGUUAUCCUGUUUAUAUAGAGACUGUGUUUUUGAAAGCUUAUAAUAAAAGAAUCAUUUGGCCUCAUUAUUUCAAAGAUAUCAAAAGAAGUCUGUUGAGUAAUCUAUAUUCAGUCCCUGACUCGAUAAGAUUCUUCCGAUACAAAUUGAAUCGCAAGAACUUAAAGCGAGUUAUUGCUGAAUGUAGACAUCUGAAACUUUUAUCAUUCUAUCAAUGUGAGCUUGCUUACAAUGGUUUUGAUAUUGGAAAAUAAUCUGAAAACAAGUAUCAUAACUCUUACCCUCGGAUACUGCAAAUUUGAUGAUUGUGAUUGGGGACAAGUCAGUAUUUCCACAAUAAAAAAAUUAUAUCAAAUCAUAGAAACCACCAGCUUAACAGAUUCAUUAGAGGGAUUGUCGAUUAUUGACACUAAAAAUGAACAAAAUCGAUAUAUUUCCACAUUCAGUUUCAUACCAAAUCUUGACGAAGAAAGAUCUUCUAUCCAGGAUACAAGCGUAUGGAUCUGCUUCAGGCCUAACAAUACAUAACUUUACGCCUUCAAUCUUCA